AUGCGUACGGUUAACACUCCAACUUCGAAGAACCAGGCCAAGAAGAUUAGGCUGCACGACCGCUACUGCGACGGGAUGAUGCCGCUGUGCAACCCGAGCUCCGAGGCGAGGCAGCUUUCCGCAUCCUCCACCGGACUCCCGACGUCGCACCAGGAACUGUUCAUGAGCGCCGGGUUUCAGCAGCAGCAGCAGCACCACGGCGGGGCAGGCGCCGGCUGGGCGCGCGAGGAGUACUACGCGGCGCCGCAGAGGUCGGCGUUCGCGCAGCGCUGCGUCGGCUCAAGCACGGCGGCGUUCUACGCGGCCGAGCAUCUGCUCGGCAUCGGGCAGUUCGACGGCGCUCCACUCGGGAUGCUCCCGCCGGCGGCGACGAUGAUGCCCGCGGUGGCGGCCAGGACGCGGCCGGAGAGCGGCGACAUGUACAUGUCGCACGAGCUCGACCCGGUGAUGCUCCGCGCGGACCAGUCGCCGUCCGUGAGGACGUACUACGUGAGGCCGCAGCAGCGGCGGGACCCGGUAGAGCUGGAGCUGCCACUGCUGGCACCGCAACCGCAGCAGCAAGAAAGCGCGCACCAUGGCCUGUUCGGCAACGCCCCCGCCAUCAAACCGCACUCGUUCUCACCCCAUGUCCCGUCGAUGGAGGCGCCGAGCAGCAGCAGCUUGCUGAGCCAGAUGGAGAGCCACCUGUCCGCCAGGAGCAGCGUCGGCGCGCCGGCGACCCCCACCGGCACCGGCAGCGUGUCAGCGCCUCCGGCGCCGCCGCCGCCGAGCAAGACUCGGAUCCGGUGGACGCCGGAGCUGCACGAGCGGUUCGUGGACUGCGUGAGCAAGCUCGGCGGCGCGGACAGGGCGACCCCGAAGGGGAUCCUGAAGCUGAUGAACUCGGACGGCCUCACCAUCUACCACAUCAAGAGCCACCUCCAGAAAUACCGGAUGGCCAAGUACAUGCCGGCACCAUCUUCAUCGUCGUCGUCAUCCGAAGGGAGGCAGCACGAGAAGAGGGCCGCCGGAAGCGACACCCAGCAUGAACUGGACCCGAAAACUGGGAUGCACAUCACGGAAGCACUCCGCGUCCAGCUCGACGUGCAGCGCCGCCUCCACGAGCAGCUCGAGAUACAGCGGAAGCUGCAGGUGAGGAUCGAGGAGCAGGGCAAGAGGCUGCAGAAGAUGUUCGAGGACCAGCUCAACGCCAGCGGCAACACCGGGCCGGCCGCCGGCCCGGACGUCGUCCUCUUCCCGCCGGCGGCGGAGGUGCCGAGCCACCAAGAGGAGGAUGCCGUGUUCGUCGACGUCAUCGACGAUGACGACGAGGUGCAGAUAAUCUCCGUCGCCAGCGGCAGCUAUGACGACGACUUAGCCGCCUUGUAA